CCUCUGGGGAACGUCUUCUGGUGGGUACUACAGGCCUGAUUCCAGGCCCUAUGGCCUGUGGAACCACACCAGGGGGGGAAGGCUGGGCCGGACGGAGUCAUCACCUGCGGUGCCGGCCCCAUGGAGGAGGUGGAGUGGACGGGAAGACCCAAGCCUGAGGAGCUAAGGGUUGGGCUCAUCAGCUGGGCAGGAUCCUACCUCACUUUUGAGGCAUAUAAGAACACGGUCACUGCUACUGCAAAGGGUUUGGGCCGGAAACAGACCUGGGAGAUCUUGGUGAGCAAUGAGCACGAUGCCCAGGCCGUGGUACGACUAAGGGGCUUGCAGGGCCUCUACCUCCUGUGCGAGGCAGACGGCAGUCUGUGCUAUGGCCGGCCAAGGACCAGCCACCAUGGGUGCUUCCUCCUGCGUUUCCACCGAAAUGGCAAGUGGACCCUCCAGUGCAUAAUUAGUGGCCGUUAUCUGGAGUCUGAUGGUGAGGAUGUGUUCUGCAACUCCAGGGUCCUCUCGGCUUACCACAUGUGGACCCCCCGGCCAGCCCUGCAUGUCCACGUGAUCCUCUACAGCCCUGUCAACCACUGCUAUGCCCGGGCUGACCCCACCAUGGGCCGCGUCUGGGUGGAUGCACCAGUUCCCUGCCUGGAGGAAUGUGGCUUCCUGUUGCAUUUCCAAGACGGAUGCUACCACCUGGAGACCUCAGCACACUUCUUCUUGUCCCACUUAGACCGGCUAGUCCCCCAACCCUCAACACAGACAGCUUUUCAUAUGCAGGUGCGGCCCGGAGGGCUCGUGGCACUGAGUGAUGGAGAAGGAGGCAUGUUGUACCCACAGGGCACGCGUCUGCUCCUGGGCCUGGGCUCCAAGCCCCACAGGGGUGAGGAGUGGUUCAUCCUACAGCGCUGUCCCACCUGGGUCAGCCUCAGGUCAAAGACUCGGAAGUUCCUCUCCAUCAUCUAUGAUGUUGAGGUAUGUGCUGCCUCUGAGCACAUAACCCCAAUGUCCUUGUUCCAGUUUGAAUGUGAUGAUGAGAGCCCUACCUUACAGCUUCGUGCAGCCAAUGGCUGCUACCUAGCCCAGAGGCGCCACAGGACAGUGGUGGCUAAUGGGCAUCCAAUGGAGGCUGACACCUUCUUCCGUGUGCACUGGAAUUGUGGCAGGAUCAUCCUGCAGUCUCCCAAUGGACGCUUCUUGGGCAUCAUAGACAAUGGCCUGCUGAUGGCCAAUGCCACCAUUCCAGGCCCCAAUGAGGAAUUUGGGAUUCGAUUAGCUAACCGGCCCUUCCUUGUAUUGCGAGGUCGUUAUGGGUAUGUGGGCACCUCCUCAGAGCACGACCUCAUGAAGUGCAAUAUGGAUCAGCCCGACUGCAUUCACCUGCUGCCCUGCCGCCAGGGCAUCUACCACUUCCAGGGGUGGAGCCUUCUGGUCAAUAACAUCCUUCGGCACCUUUCGUCCUUGGGGAAAAUUUGCUCUCAACUUCUGUAUAGAGCUUCAUGGGAGCAACUUGCUCACGGUGCUGGCACCCAAUGGCUUCUACAUGCGAUCCGACCGAAGCGGCACCCUGUUGGCAGACAGCGAAGAGAUUACCAAAGAGUGUAUUUGGGAGUUUUAGGUCAAUGGGAUGCCACUUAUGGAAAUCCAAAUCCUCCAGGAGAAACUACUGCACAAAACACAACAGGAACCUCAGAGUCAAGAUCCUUGAGAAUAUCUGUUAUACAACUUUCCCUACCCAGUUUAGCAAAGCACCUGUUUCGAGCAACAAUACACAAAAGGCCACCCCCAAGACCCCUGUGUGCAUCUGACUCAGUACAGAAUAGGGGUCUGGAUAUGGGUGGAGACCAAGGACCCAGGCCACUCCAAGUUCUAUCCAGAAGAGGCGAGACCAAAUGGGAGCUGAAGUGACGGUCCCAUGACUGGGAGCUCUGACUCAAUUCUUCGAUUAGAAUGCACUGUAACGUCCACUACUCUUUCCAUCAAAACAG